GAGAAACUAAAAGGAGCAAGAGACGCAUGCUUUUACUCCUGUUACAGAUCUGAAAGAGUUAGAAAAACCUGCACAUACCAGAUAUGGCUGCUGCUGCUGCUGCUUGUAGUCUAAUGGCUGAGGAGAAUUUUCUGUGUUCCAUCUGUCUGGAUGUGUUCAAUAAACCGGCUUCGAUUCCCUGUGGGCACAACUUCUGUCUGGACUGCAUCACAGAACACUGGGACAAUAACGCCACUGUAUUUCAGUGUCCAAUAUGUAACGAGAAUUUCCCCAGUAGGCCUAAGCUUCGGGUUAACACUUUCGUUGCUGAGAUCGUUGCAAAGUUCAAGGCAACUGUUCAAGACAAAUCUCGCAGUGCCCCUGAGGAAGAAGGAAAUGGAGAGGUGCUCUGUGACACGUGCACAGGGGCCAAGCUCCCAGCCGUCAAGUCCUGCUUAGUGUGUUUCUCCUCUUACUGUGAUGCACACCUGGAGCGUCAUCAGAGAAUUCCGGCCAUGAUGAAACACAAGCUCAUCCACCCGGCUGACAACCUGGAGAGCAGGAUGUGCAAGACGCAUGACGAGCCUUUUGAGUCAUUUUGCAGUGUGGAUCAAAUGCUUCUAUGCGAGUCCUGUGAAAGACGUGAACAUAAAAGCCAUAAGACGGUGAGUUUGGAUGAGGAGGCUCAAUUGAGGAAGACCCAGCUGGGAAUGGAGAAGAAACGCACAGAUGAGAUGAUCCAGGUGCGUCAGCAGAAAAUUCAUGACAUUGAACUCUCAGUGGAGGCCAGCAGAAAGAAUGCAGCAACGGUGCAGUGGUACAACGCACACGUGAUGACUGCUGUGGUGGACUACAUCAGAAGAAGCCAAGCUGAGCUCACAGAGGUGAUUGAGAUGAAGCAAAAAAAAAUUGAGAGAGAGACAAAAGGCUUUGUUGAAGAACUGGAGGGAGAAAUUGUGCAAAUAAAACAGAAAAGAGUGCAGCUUAAUCAGGUGUCACUCAGCAACGAUGCCUUCACGUUCCUCGACAGUUUCCUGUCUCUUACAAUCACUCCGCCCCAGGUUAAGGACUGGUCUAAUGUGACCUUUAACAGUGACGAGUUCACUGUGAAGGAAGCUUUGGCCACGCUGGAGACAACAGUGCGGAAAGAAAUAAGGUCGCUGUGUGAUCCUGACUUGAAAGAAAUGCAGCAACAUGCAGUGGAUGUGACUCUGGAUCCUGACACAGCAAACCCUCAGCUCAGUGUUUCUCCGGAUGGGAAACAAGUCACGCACGAGGACAGGAAGAGGAAUCCCCCAAACACACCUGAGAGGUUUGAAAAUGUCCUUAACGUCCUCGCGAAGGAGGGUUUCUCCUGUGGAAAGUUCUACUAUGAGGUCCAGGUUAAAGACAAAACAAGCUGGGAUUUGGGAGUCGCAAACCAGUCCAUCAACAGAAAGGGAGAUAUAAGACUGAGCCCCAUGAAUGGAUACUGGACUAUCUGGCUGAGAAAAGGAAAUGAGCUUACAGCCAAUGCCGGCCCUGCUGUUAACCUCUAUGUGCGGGAGAUGCCUCAAAAGAUCGGGGUGUUUGUUGAUUAUGAGGCGGGUCAAGUGUCCUUCUAUGACGUGGACACCAGGGCUUGCAUCUUCUCCUUCACUGGAUGCACCUUCACCGAGAAGGUCUUUCCGUUCUUCAGCCCCUGUGCCAACGACGGCGGCAAAAAUUCAGCCCCCUUGAUCGUCACUCCUGUCAAACGCAACAGCUGAGUUCCUGUUUUGUUUUUCUGUGUGUCUGAAAGAAAAGGAGACAGAGCGAGGGCGAGGGACUUGGAGAGAGAUCACAAUGGUGGAGCACUGAAAGGUGUUUAUCUGUGAAACUCCAGCGUGUCAUUCUGUUACUCCCAUCCAUCAGUGUCAGCGCCAUGUGUCACUCUGUGUCACCUGUCACACAGACUGUAGAUCUCCGACUGAAUCCACGUACAGCCAUCAGGACAUUCACCACACACACACUCACACACACAUGCACAGAGUGACGCAGUCAUACAUCUCCCUGGGUUACAAAAAGAAAUCUUUAUGACUUGGCCAUUAAUUUUGAUACUCCAAAGCUGCUCCUGCCUGCCAACAUACCAACGAUGGGUGACAUUUACAAAUAUUUUAUUGCACUUGUUUAGCGCUGCUUGGAGUGCCACACAUAAAGACUGUUUACUUAUGAUAUGAUGAAUGGUACCUUUAACUGGUUGAAUUAUCAUUGUGUUUAAAAAAAAAUAGACCAUUAUGGGAUAGAGACAGCAUAUCCCAAGGUGACACCAGCAAUGGAAAAUAAAUCAGCACUUCUUUUUCCUAUUAAAACCAUUCAGAAAAUAUUAAAAGAAAUCAAGGACUCCUAUUAAUCCGUUCUUCUAAUGUGGCUCUAGAUGACAAUUACUUUUCUGCACCAAUUAAUGUUAUUAAGUUGAAUGUGUAGUUAUUGAAUGGAUCCGUCACAACACUGGAGCCUGACUGGCACAUAAUGCCAUGUCCUCUAAUUAAAAUCAGCCAGACCUGCUUUCCAAGUUCAAAUGCAGCAAAUCAGUGUGAUUAUGAGAGCUUUAACCAACUGUUUAUUGAGCAAAGCCAGUUAAAGUCUGUUUGUUUGUCAGUGGGUAGCAUUUAAUUCUGUUUCUGUUUUUAGAGUUGUGUGUAUGAGUUUUUUUUGAGGACUGUUCUCCCAAGAAGAACGACAGCACCAGUUGUGUCAGCAAGUGCCUCCGCAGUGCCAAAGGACUCCAGAGACAGUACUAAUUAUGGCGGGAGUAAAAGAGGAAGUCUAUUAAUGCCAUUUUUUUUUUUUUUUAACUAUGAUUGUUCAUACACCUUAAAGAGUAACUAAAACACAACCAGUCACAACUUCCUGCAGUGAGCGCAGCUACACUGAGAAUAUGUUUCACACAAUGUAAGAUGUUUAUUUUAUUUUCCAAAUGUAACAGGAUAGUUUAGGGAGCUGUUUGGUUUGUAAUGUGUACCGAACCAAAUAUACCGAUACAAAUGUGUGUAUUGUUACAUCCCUACCAUCUACCUUUAUACAUUGGUUUUCAGCUGAAAAAGUGAUUUGGGGGUUUAGUUACUCUUUAAUCAUGUGUUUAUUACUAUAACCAAGACAACUAAGGUCUCCUAACCAAGCUUUGCCAAGUUAUUUUGGGCCUAAACCUUACUAAACCUUAAUUCAACACUGAUCUGUAAUAGUUUCAGAGUCGCUUGUGUGUGUAUGAUUUGUCGUAUGUGUGAAGUCACCACGGUUUUGAUUUUCACAGAUGAAUUAAGUUGUCCCAAUAGAGGACACAAUGUCAUUUAAUGUGCAAGUCUUGUUUUGCUUUUAUUUUUGUCAUGAUGCUAGUCUCUUGAGCAUGUGUCUCUUAAAUGAGGUUGUUAUAAUCUCAUCUACACAUAAAGUAGCUGAAGAGCUUUCGGAGGCAGAUUAGAGGCAGUCAGAUUGGCCCGCUGAAUGUUGCACUAUUAGGAUGCCAGAGCUGAGAGACCCCACACUGGGAAAAUGAGAGUGUGGAGUUCUUGGAUAAAAACCUGGUAUUGCAUCUCAAUAAUGUCUAUAAACAACAAACACCAAUUUCCCUUCAAUGAUUGUGCAUUUUAGUAAUAAGUAAGGGAGGUAAAUAACAAUGUCAAAUCAAAGCGGACCAUGUAAUCUGGUUGGGGGUUCUCAAAAAAUAGAGUUUAAGAUUGUUGACGUCAUGUAAGGAAAACAGCCAAAAGUAGGGGUUCCAUCUUCGCACUAACGUUUUGCUGCUGUUCUCUUUCAUAUAUCCAUAUAUUCAUAUAUUUCAUAUAUCUCUUUUCCAUAUAUCUGACUUUUGGACUGUUGGUUGAACAAAACACAUGAUUUAUGAAGAUGUCACUUUAAUUGUCUGUUCUUUUGAAUAUGUACAAAUCAUUCACCACAUUAUUUGAUUUGAAAAUGCAGCCCUGGUCUGUAUCCUGUAUGGUAACUGUGUUGGAUUUACCUGAAAAUAUCUGAUGUUUAUUAUGUGAUUUUUGACUGAAAUGCAGUGACAGUAAAAAUAAUAAAGCUUAUUUAGGA